UUUUAUUACAUGUAACAAAUAGACCCUAAGAGAUUCCAACCUCUUUCUCUAAAAUCUUUCACUCUCUAGAAAAUGCAAGCACUCUUCCUUUCCUAUAUAUAUAUCCUAGCUAAACUUGCUAGAGCUUGUCCAUCAUCACCUUUUCACGUCUUCCUCAUUGCUGUAAUUGUGGAAGUUGGUAUGGAUUUCUUCCCAAACUUGCUUCACCUUGUAAUCCUUUGUAUUUCGGUCUCGCUCAUAUUCCUUAUAUAUAAACAAAAAUCCAGUCAUGCCAAGUUGCCACCCGGUAAAAAGGGAUGGCCUGUCAUUGGAGAAACAUUGGAAUUAGCCACGGCUAGAAGAAGAGGAACCCAAGAGAUCUUCUUUAACGACAGAAUGAGAAAAUAUUCACAGGAUCUCUUCAAAACCUCACUGUUUGGUGAGAACAUGGUUGUGUUUUGUGGUGCUUCAGCAAACAAGUCACUGUUCAACGAUAAAAAAAAUCUCUCCACUUGGUGGCCACGCUCCAUACUAAAAAUUGUAUUUGUAUCUUCUCCUGAACUUCUUGAAGAUGUAGCCCAAAAAGAUUUUGCUCAAAUGAGGAGGUCCGUGGUUGAAUUUUUCAAGCCCGAAGCUCUUCAACAUUUCAUACCCAUCAUGGACUCCAUGGCAAAGGAACACUUGGAGACAGAGUGGUCUCCUUACAGAAAAGUCAAAGUUUAUCCACUCUCCAUGAAAUAUACCUUUGCAUUGGCUUGUAGGUUUUUUUUAAAUGUCACAAAUCACAGCCAUGUGACAAAAUUUGCUGAUCACUUUGCCAUUAUGAUGGAUGGUUUACUGUCUGUGCCUAUAAAUAUACCAGGCACAACCUUCAACCGUGCCAUAAGAGCAGGCAAGGUUAUUCGCCAGGAGAUUUUAGAAGUCAUCAAACAGAGGAAGAAGGAGCUAUCCGAGAAUAAUGGGACAGUUGCUCGUGACUUUUUGACUCGCUCGCUCCUUGAAUUAGAUGAGAAUGGAAAAGCUAUUAAUGAGAUGAUGAUUGCUAGUAAAAUUAUGUCCUUACUUAUUGCUGGCCGUGAUUCCACAAAUUCAGCUAUCACAUUUGUGUUGAAGUAUCUAGCAGAGUUUCCUCAUGUUUACAGUGAGGUCUUCAAAGAGCAAAUGGAAAUUGCAAUAUCCAAAGGCCCAAAUGAUUUGUUGAAUUGGGACGACAUUAAAAAGAUGAAGUACUCUUGGAAUGUGGCACUUGAGUCUAUGAGGCUUACACCACCUACUCAAGGAACAUUUAGAGAGGUUGUAAAUGACUUCACCUACACAAAUUUUACUAUUCCAAAAGGGUGGAAGACAUUUUGGACUCCAUAUUCGACACAUAAAAAUCCCAAAUACUUUCAAGAUCCUGAGAAAUUUAAUCCUUCAAGAUUUGAAGGGAAUGGACCUGAACCUUACACUUUUGUACCAUUUGGAGGAGGAGCUCAAAUGUGUCCUGGGAGGGAGUAUGCUCGAUUAGGAAUACUAGUGUUUAUGCAUAAUGUGGUGACGAGAUUCAAUUGGGAGAAAGCAAUUCUAGAUGAAAAGUUGUCUUUCAAUAUAGCACCCAUUCCGGUUGAUGGUCUUCCAAUUUACCUUAAGCCUCAUAGUCAUAAAUAAUAGAUUGUGUCAAACAUUAAUUGAAUGACACAAAUUUUAUAUAGGAAAUGUUAAAUCUACUACCAAUUUUACUGUAAAAUUUUAAAAAUCUA